AAGACAACAACGCUAAAGUCGUCUCUGUUCAUCCUUCUGCUGGUCCCGCGCAAUUAAAGACAGCAUGCAAUCAAUUUUCAUUUUCGUCCUGUGUCUCACGGCGCUCGUUUUGCACUCGUCGCACGCCUGGACGAUCUCCCCCCAUUUGUUGACGAAUCGUCGCAUAUCAACCCCGACGGCACGCGCAAUGGUGCAAUCGGUUUCUCUCGAGACCCUCAGUGACAACCACGAGGAAAUUGCCUCUGAGCUGUCGGGAUCGGUACAACGCUGGCUAGAUGCGGAAUGGAUGGAACAAGAAGUCCACGUACGGAUGGCUGAAUCCUGUAAACGUUCGUACCUUGAUUGUCGAGAAAGAGGAGAAGCCGAUCUAAUGGCAGUUAUGGUGCAAGUUGCCGACGAUUUAACUGAAAAUUGGCGCCAAUAUGAUAAGGACGCUUUUGUGAAUGCCUGGGAUGUUUCCAAUUAUGUAUCGGAUUACUUGUCCGCCAAGACAGGGAUUGAAGGAUGCGAGUGCUCCUCUACGAUCCACUAAGAUCAGAACGGAAAGUCUUGGCUGAGAAGUAGCCGACCCGACGCUUUUUGUCCAUGCAUUGUGCAUGUGGAUUAAGUUUAAGUCGCUUGUGGAGCGAGAUAGAAACACAUCCACACAG